CUUCAUAGGUUUCUGCUAAAACGUCGAUUGUUCGUAUUAUUUUCAUUGUUCAGUAGUUUAUCACUUCUAAUUUUUAUCUUUUAUUCUGAUAAAUGGUUUCUAACUUAUCAUUUAACAAAUUAUUUUAUGUUGGCAAAACAAUCCUCGAAAGCAGUUAAUUAUUCAUGUAACAAUAACAAUAACACUUAUGGUACAAAUGAUCAUAUCAAAUUAUAUCCUCUUGUUGUUUACAACCGAAUCCCUAAAACAGGGAGUACAUCUUUGAUAAAUUUAGUUUACCAGUUAAUUGAAAAAAAUCACAGUCAUACACAUGUAAUACAUUUGAACAUUUCUUCAAACAAACAUUAUUUAAAUCGUAUAAAUGAAUUAUACCUUAUAGAUAAUUUAACACAUUGGACUAGUAUGCAUCCAUUAAUGAUACAUGGGCAUUUUGCUUUUAUAAAUUUUAUCAAAUAUGGAUCAUUACUUAACCCAAUUUAUAUUAAUAUGAUAAGAAAUCCAUUAGAUAGAUUAGUGUCUUACUAUUACUUUCUACGAUAUGGUGAUGAUUAUAGGCCAUAUCUGAUACGUAAACGUAUGUUUGAUCCUGUGGCUCGCAAUCAAACAUUUGAUGAAUGUGUACUUGUAAAUGGUAGUGAUUGUAAUCCACAACUUCUUUGGGUUCAAGUGCCGUUUUUCUGUGGACAAGCUGUGUAUUGCAAAAUCCCUGGUAAUCCAGUUGCUGUAGAAACUGCUAAACGUCAUGUGAUUGAUAAUUAUCUCAUUGUUGGCUUGACAGAAGAAUUUGAUAAAUUCGUCGAUUUACUAGAAAUACUCGUACCAUCAUUCUUUAGUGGUGCUCGUAAUCUAAUAUCUCGUUCAAAGGAUCAGUGGUAUUUAAGACGUACAAAUUAUAAAUUACCAAUUAGUCAAGCAACAAUUAAAAUAUAUCAGAACAAUCCGAUUUGGCAAGCUGAACAAGAGUUUUAUAACUUUGUACGUACAGAAUUUCACACAUUAACCAAUGCUCUUCAAGGAGAAUUUUCACAUCAAACAAUUUCAGAGAAUUCUGCACUGUAUAAAGGAAAGAUUAUUUUCGAUAAAAUUCGUCCAAAACUUGGUGCCUAACCCUGAUUACUUUCAAUGCUCCAAUGUGCAAUGAUAGAUGUCCCAAAAAGUUAUUUGUUUGAAUUGUAUUUUCUUUUUUUUUAACCGCUUUUAUUUACUUUCAGUUGCAUUUACUCUCAUUCAGAUUACCCGGUACAAUUAAAAAUUUAUGAGUUAUUUCAUCCGGCUUCAUGCAUGUUUAAUAAAUCUAUUGAAAUUUUACAAAAUAAUUUGAAGUUAUUUGUUACUUUUUUUCAGAAAUAACAAUCUUAUGCAUUGAAUAAAAAAAUUUUUGCUGACUUGCUAAGGAAUGUUUAUCAGUUUUGUAAUUCAUCAAUAAUAGGAAGGCAGAUCUGUGCAUUUCAGCUACUUAGAUAUUUGUAGAUUGAUUACAUGUGCUGAAUAUUAUUUAACACUGAAUUAAAAUAUUGUAUACAAAGAAAUCAAUGUUUGACCAAUUGAUGUAGUAAAUUGACUGUUUUCAUUGAGUUCACAUCUGGUUUUACUUCAUUUUUAAUAGAAUUAUAACUGAUUUGAAAGUCAACUAUUGUUAGAAUUUUAUAUACACUGUUUUCGAAACAUAUUUCAUGUAUGGUGGAAUCGGUCAGAUGAUAAUAUGGCGAGUGAUAAUAGAUUGGUCAAUUAGAAUGCGAAUGAUAUGAAUAAUUGAUCUAUUUUUUUCAUUCUUAUGAUAUGUAUUCACAUCUUAAGAAGGAUUAUAGAUGCCAAAUUAUAUAAUAUGUUAGAUAUGUGUUCACACAGUAAGUUAUUGUUAGAUACAAUUCAGUUUAGUUUCAAUAAAUAUGACGCUUAGUAUAACUAUAAAUAAAUCAUAUAAAAAUGGUGUAUUCCCA